AUGUUAAGACAUUCUCCCACAAGGCCGAUUGUUCCUGUCAUUUAUUGUUCCUCUUUCUUUAUCCCAGUGUUGUCCAUCCAGGCUGCCAUCCAGUUCACAAGGGAGCCCAAGUCUCAGGAUGCCCUGCACGGCCGUAGCGCCAUGCUCCGUUGCGAGGUCAGCGAUCCGACUGACAUCAGCUACCGUUGGCUCCAUAAUGGGCAGCCGUUGGACAACGGCGAGAGGCGCUACCAGGAGGGCAGCAAUCUCCAGUUUAGCGCUGUGGACCGCCGACUGGACGCAGGAAACUUCGAGUGUGUGGCGCAAAACACAGUCACGGGAGAGGUGCUCCAUUCCAACAAUGCCUCUUUCAACAUCAAAUGGUUAGAAAGCGGGGGUGUGACAUUAAAGGAGCCCGAAGGGGAAAUUGAGAGCUCAGCUAUGGUCACGCUGCGCUGUCACAUUGAUGGACACCCACGUCCGACCUGCCAGUGGUUUAAAGACGGGAUGAAGCUGACUGAGAAGAGCCAUCAGAUCAACAACAAGGAGCGGACGCUUACAAUCAAGAGCGCCACUCCAGAUGAUAAUGGUCUGUUCUACUGCUGUGCCAAAAAUGCAGCCGGCCACGUCUGCAGCAACAGUAACUUCACUCUCAACAUAAUAGAUAAGAGCUUUCCUCGACCAGUGGUUACUCCUGAGGACCAGGUGGUUCUGAGGAAUGAAGAAGCUGUGUUCCACUGCCAGUUCACCGCCGUGCCGCCUCCUGCUCUGGAAUGGUACCAUGAAAGUGAGCUGCUGGUUAACAAAACCCGCAUAUUCCUGCUGUCCAAUGGAUCGCUGCUCAUCACCCAGGUCAAACCCAGGAACACGGGCUUGUACAAAUGUGUUGGCCGCGGCGUCAGCGGCUCUCAAGUCACACACGAGGCUUCCCUUCUCAUCGCAGAGAUCGAUGAUAUGGUGUCCAAAAUGUCAAAGGUUUUCACAGCAGACACCCUGCAGCGGGUCCGCUGUAACGCCCCACGAGGAAGACCCCAGCCUGAAGUCUGGUGGGAGAGGGAAGGUCAGCGGGUGCCCACGGAAGGACGAGUGUACCAGGAUGGCUCGGAUCUGGUCUUCAGUCCGACGGAGGCAGGCGAUUCUGGAGUUUAUACCUGUGUAGCACAGAAUAAGGCUGGUCGCAGGACACAGGAAGUUACCUUCACUGUUGCCACCGCCCCAGUGUGGAUAACAAGGCCCCAAGACAGCCGCUUGGAAGAAGGUAAACCGGGUUAUCUGCACUGUCACGCCAAAGCCACUCCCGAACCAGAGGUCACAUGGCUUCGCAACAACAUCAUGAUCACGCCAGAGGAUUCCCGUUUUAAACUAUUCCCCAAUGGUACCCUGAGGAUCAACAGUGUCGAGGUGUAUGACGGACAGAUGUAUGGCUGUGAGACCAAAACAGUGGGUGGUCGACUGUCUGGCCAGGCAAGAGUCAGCGUGCUGGAGAAGCUCAAGUUCACCCCGACCCCCCAGCCUUCCCAGUGCCUGGAGCUUGAUAAUGAGAUCACCAUCCAGUGCUCGGCGAAGGGAAGAGAAAUUCCCACCAUCCGCUGGACAAAAGCAGACGGAGGAGAUCUGCCACCCCAUGUGGAGCAAAAAAAUGGUCAGCUUCACUUCUCCAAAGUGACCCGCAGUGACGCCGGCAAUUAUACCUGCAUCGCCUCCAACAGCCUCCAGGGGGAGAUCAGAGCCAUAGUGUCCCUCACAGUGGCAGUGUACAUUCGCUUUAAAGUGGAGCCGGAUAAUACAACAGUGUACCAAGGGCACACGGCCAUACUGCACUGCCAGGCCACCGGCAACCCUGAGCCUCACAUCCACUGGAUGGUCAAAGAUAAGACCCUGGAUAUCAGUAAGAACAGAAGGAUCCAGAAGAUGCCCAAUGGCUCCCUUGUGAUUUCGGAUGUCACAACAGAAGACACAGGCAGAUAUACUUGUGUGGCUGGAAACAGCUGCAGCAUCAAAGACCGUGUGGCUCAGCUGUAUGUUGUUGAUAAACCAGCACAGACGCAUGAUGAGGAUGAGGACAGAGCGCCUUACAAGAUGAUUCAAACUAUCGGCCUGUCUGUGGGGGCGGCCGUGGCGUACAUCAUCGUGGUGCUCGGCCUAAUGUUCUACUGCAAGAAAAGGCGCAAUGCCAAAAGACUGCACAAGCGUCCAGAUGGAGAGGAACCAGAGAUGGAGUGUCUAAAUGGAGGCGCUGUUCAACAAAAUGGCCACACGACCACUGAGAUUCAGGAGGCGGUGGCGCUCACCAAUAUGGGUACCAUGGCAACAACCGACAAGCGCCAUAGCCACGUUAGCAGCGACAAGUUGUACUUCCCUCGGGCAAAUCUGCAAACCAUCACUACCUUAGGCAAAGGAGAGUUUGGCGAGGUGCUGCUGUCCAAAGCCAAGGGCAUCGAGGAGAGGGAGGAGGAAACGGUGGUGCUAGUGAAAAGCCUCCAGACAAGAGACGAGCAGCUUCAGCUGGACUUCCGCAGAGAAGCGGAGAUGUUCGGCAAGCUCAGCCACCCCAAUGUGGUUCGCCUGCUGGGUCUGUGCAGAGAGGCCGAGCCCCACUACAUGGUCCUCGAAUACUACGACUUAGGGGACUUAAAGCAGUACCUGAGGAUUUCCAAAAACAAAGAGGACAAAGUUAAAACUCAGCCAAUCAGCACCAAGACCAAAGUUUCCAUUUGUGCCCAAGUAGCUCACGGGAUGGAACAUCUGUCCAAUCACCGCUUCGUUCACAAAGAUUUGGCGGCCCGAAACUGCCUAGUCAACAGUCAGAGACGCAUCAAAGUAUCGUCGCUGAGCCUCAGCAAAGACGUUUAUAAAUGUGAGUACUAUCACUACAGACAAGCCUGGAUCCCUCUACGCUGGCUCCCAUCAGAGUCUGUGUUUGAGGAUGACUUCUCCACCAAGUCUGACGUUUGGGCCUUCGGAGUACUCAUGUGGGAGGUAUUCAGUCUCGGGGAAAUGCCGUACACCAAACUUGGAGACAAUGAAGUGCUAGAAGGCCUGCAGACCGGCAAGCUGAAGCUGCCCCCUCCUGAAGGAUGCCCUUCCAAAAUGUACAAGCUGAUGGUCAGCUGCUGGGCCACCAGCCUCAAGGAACGCCCCUCCUUCAGUGACAUCGUUCACAGCUUGGGAGAGCCGCCCUCUGACAGCAAAGUCUGA